UUACCAAACUGAGCCACUUGGCAACACGGGAGCGGGCAAGCCAAUGGAUGUGGCUCAACAACAGCAGCAGCAGCCUACGAAGAAGAGCCGCCGUGGACCAAGGUCUAGGAGCUCACAGUACCGUGGGGUUACCUUCUACCGGAGAACUGGCCGGUGGGAGUCUCACAUAUGGGAUUGCGGGAAGCAAGUUUAUCUAGGUGGAUUUGAUACGGCACAUGCAGCAGCUCGGGCAUACGAUAGGGCAGCUAUCAAAUUCCGGGGAGUGGAAGCAGACAUAAACUUUAACUUAGAGGAUUAUGAGUCCGACUUGAAACAGAUGACCAAUUUAACAAAGGAAGAAUUUGUGCAUGUGCUUCGGAGGCAAAGUACUGGAUUUCCGAGGGGAAGCUCCAAGUAUAGAGGGGUGACUUUGCACAAAUGUGGUAGAUGGGAAGCUAGAAUGGGACAGUUCUUAGGCAAAAAGUACGUUUAUUUGGGCCUCUUUGAUACUGAGGUUGAAGCUGCCAGGGCUUAUGAUAAAGCUGCCAUCAAGUGUAAUGGGAAGGAUGCAGUUACUAACUUUGAUCCUAGCAUUUAUGAAAAUGAACUCAACUCAACUGAAUCUACUGAUAAUGCAGCAGAUCACAAUCUUGACCUGAGCUUGGGUGGUUCAAGCUCAAAGCAAGGAAACCGAGAAAAUGGGGAUAAUAUUAAUAGGGGUCAAAAUCCUUCAUCUAUGCAAUUUGGUGUUGAUUGGCGGCAGCAAGGAUUAAGGCCUGAGAAGCAAACUGCUCCAAUCGAUAUGAAUGGUCGAAGAAGAGAUAAGGGGUACAAUGAAUCA